CAGCGGCGGUUCAACGGCAGCGCGGCGACGCUGCGUCACGGCUUAUUAUUACCAGGAUUAUACCAGUUGCGUGUGAGUGUGUGUGUGUGUGUAGUGUAAUAUAAGUGUAGUAUAGUAUAGAGUGUGUGUGAGAGAGAGAAUGCGCACGGUGAUGGAGGCGGCGGGCUCGGAGACCCGCGUCUGAACCCGGAGAAACCGCAUCCAUGGAGAAGUUUACGGUGCGCGCGAGGCAGAGUUUCGGGUUACCGCACAGCGGGUUUCGCGUGAUGCUGCGCGCGCGCGUCUUCGUGCGCGCGUGCGUGCGUGUCACCACCUCGGAGCUGGAUUUGUUGAACGUGUAAGGUGAUGGAGUUGCAUUAAGCUCAACCUCAAGCAUUUAUACUGGUGCAUAAACGCCCUUGGAGACACAGGACAUUACAGAAGAUUUCAUAUUCGUCAAAACCAGGACUUUAAGUGUACCUGUUGGUCAUGAGUAAGACGGUGGAGGAAUAGAGGACAUACUUGGCCCAUUCCAGCUCCAUCCCACACUGCGUUUAAAGGCAAAGCAGGUAAAUGCCGUGGCCGGCGGAUGUGUGUGAGCAGCGGGUGGUCUCUAGACGUUCAGGCUAACCCACCAUGCCCUCGUCCACGCGGAAAGGGGCGGUGAAGGACCCCGAGUUUGCCAACCUCUUCUUUAAAGAUGACCCGGAGGAGGUGUUCUGCGACCUCCACGAGAUCGGCCAUGGGAGCUUCGGCGCCGUUUACUUCGCCCGAAACUCCUACACCAGCGAGGUGGUGGCCAUUAAGAAGAUGUCUUAUAAUGGCAAACAGACCACAGAGAAGUGGCAGGACAUCAUUAAGGAGGUCAAGUUUCUGGAACAGCUGAGACACCCAAACACCAUCGAGUACAAAGGCUGCUACCUGAAAGAAAACACUGCCUGGCUGGUCAUGGAGUACUGUUUAGGCUCAGCCUCUGAUUUGUUAGAGGUUCAUAAGAAACCCCUGCAGGAGGUUGAAAUCGCUGCCAUCACCCAUGGUGCCUUGCUGGGACUGGCUUACCUGCAUUCCCAUAACAUGAUCCACAGAGAUGUUAAAGCAGGAAACAUCCUAUUAACUGAGCCGGGUCAGGUUAAACUGGCUGAUUUUGGCUCCGCCUCCAUGAGCUCUCCAGCCAACUCGUUUGUGGGGACGCCAUACUGGAUGGCUCCUGAGGUGAUUUUAGCCAUGGACGAAGGCCAGUAUGAAGGCCGGGUGGACAUCUGGUCUCUGGGGAUCACCUGUAUUGAGCUAGCUGAGCGCAAACCUCCUCUGUUCAACAUGAAUGCUAUGAGUGCCUUAUAUCACAUCGCUCAGAACGAUUCGCCCACGCUGCAGUCCAAUGACUGGUCGGACGCGUUCAGGAGCUUCGUGGAUUACUGCCUACAAAAAAUACCUCAGGACAGACCCACUUCAGCUGAACUCCUGCGACAUGACUUUGUGCGUCGUGAUCGGCCUCUACGGGUCCUCGUGGACUUGAUCCAGAGGACGAAGGAUGCCGUGCGGGAGCUGGACAACCUGCAGUACCGCAAGAUGAAGAAGAUCCUCUACCAGGAGAAACAUAACAGUCCGAUGGGAGAGUCCCAGGAGGAGGAGGAGGAUGGCGAUCAGGGCUGUAAGGGGAACAGUGUUGGCAGUAAUCACUCAGUGCCCAGCACCUCCAUCAGUACAGGCAGUCAGAGCAGCAGCAUUAACAGCCUACAGGAGUGUAACGACGACCCCUGCACUGAAAUGGCACUAACGCACCACGAGUACGACAGCACACUCGAGUCUUCCACACACCAUAAAAAGGAUCAUCCGUUUAACCGUGAUGAAGCUGGUCAUCGCUCCGACUUUCGGCUCUCGCCGUCAGAUCGUGCUCAGGCUCAUAACUAUAAAAACCGCGAGCGAUUCGCUACCAUCAAGUCCGCCUCACUGGUGACGCGUCAAAUCCACGAACAUGAGCAGGAGAACGAGCUGCGCGAGCAGAUGUCCGGCUACAAGCGCAUGCGACGGCAGCACCAGAAGCAGCUGAUCGCUCUGGAGAACAAGCUGAAGGCCGAGAUGGACGAACACAGGCUGAAGCUGCAGAAGGAGGUGGAGACGCAGGCCAAUAACGCCUACAUCGAACUGGAGAAACUCGCCAAGAAGCACGCUAUCCAGACCGAUAAAGAGAUGAAGACGACGUCAGCAGACGAGAAGAAGUUCCAGCAGCAGAUUUUGGCUCAGCAAAAGAAAGAGCUCACCACCUUCCUGGACAACCAGAAAAAACAGUACAAACUGUGCAAAGAGAAAAUUAAAGAGGAAAUGAAUGAGGACCACAGCACCCCGAAGAAAGAGAAGCAGGAGCGUUUGUCAAAACAUAAGGAGAACAUGCAGCAUUCACAGGCAGAGGAGGAAGCGCAGCUUCUUGCCCAGCAGCGCCUCUACUAUGAUCGCAACUGCAGGGCCUUCAAACGCAAAGUCAUGAUCAAGAGACAAGAGUUUGAGCAGGAGCAGUUACGGGAGGAGCUAAAUAAGAAGAAGACGCAGAAGGAGAUGGAGCAUGCCAUGCUGAUCAGACAUGACGAGUCGACUCAGGAGCUGGAGCAUCGACAGCUGAAAACGCUGCAGAAGCUGCGCAUGGAUCUGAUCCGCCUGCAGCACCAAACCGAGCUGGAGAACCAGAUUGAGUAUAAUAACCGCAGGGAGAGAGAACUACACCGCAAACAUGUCCUCGAGCUCCGGCAGCAGCCCAAAAACCUCAAGGUGAUGGAGCUGCAGAUAAAGAAGCAGUUUCAGGACACGUGUAAAGUGCAGACAAAGCAGUACAAAGCGCUUCGGCACCACCAGCUCGAGGUGACGCCGAAAAAUGAGCACAAAACCGUGCUCAAGGCCCUGAAGGACGAGCAGACACGCAAACUUGCCAUCCUGGCUGAGCAAUACGAGCAGAGCAUCAACGAAAUGAUGGCAUCGCAAGCGCUGCGCCUGGAUGAGGCUCAGGAGGCAGAGUGUCAGGCUCUGAGGCAGCAGCUGCAGCAGGAGAUGGAGCUCCUGAACGCCUACCAGAGCAAAAUCAAAAUGCAGACGGAGGCGCAGCACGAGCGCGAGCAGCACAAACUCGAGCAGAAAGUGACGCUGCGCAGAGCUCACCUCGAACAAAAGAUCGAAGAGGAGCUGGCUUCUCUUCAGAAGGAGCGCACGGACCGAAUCAAAAACCUGCUGGAGCGCCAGGAGCGCGAAGUGGACGCCUUCGACAUGGAGAGCCUGCGCAUGGGCUUCAGCAACCUGGCCACAUUAGAUUACCCUAAAGACGACUACAGAUGAGACCUGCGACCCGCCUUUUUUAUACAGAAGCAAAAACGAAAAAGAAGUCCUCCACUCUUUAAAAAAAGAAAAAAAAAAAGAAAAAAAUAUAUAUAUAAGACACGUGCAGUUUUUACUACUGACAAAACCGUGUUCGCGUCACGACAUUACGACAUGCUGGAUAACUCCCUCAGUCAUCGGUGUUUAAUAUUAUAUAUCUAUAAAUAUAAAUAUCUAUAUAUAUAAGUAUUAUGCAUAAAUAAUGAAACAGUUGCAGUGUUGAUGUCAGUGAUCUUUCUCGUGCAAUGAAAUAACACUUGAUGUAAUUGAUGAAAUAGAGGUUCAGAGAGGAAGGACAGCAAUACACACACAUGGUGUGACACGUGGUACGGGGGUGGGGGGCGGAUUAGUGUUGCUACUGUUUCAUGUCCACACAAAUGUUUUUAGUGAUAUUUUCCACAAGAUUUUUAGAUUUUAGGCGUAUACACUGCUGAGUCUCGCCGGUGUUUUGGUAUUUAUUCAUCAGACUGAAAUGAUUCUCACCUUUUGAACAAAUUUGAUAUGAAAAUUUACUUACGAACUCGAUGUACAGAAACCGAACAGCUGCCUCCGAUUCGUAAUUUCAACUAAUCAGGGUUUCUUCUUGAGGAACCUGCGCUAUCAAGGAUCAAACCUCAGCAAGAGGUCAGCAGUGUGAACACACAUACAUACACGUGCGCACACACACAGUCGAUCUGAAUCCUGCUGGCACAAAGGGCUCUAAGUGAAAAGUGGGCAUCCAAUUUUUGUGUAUCAACUUUUAUCUAGUUUCUUAAUUCCUCUAGUUUUUAUUAUUAUUUUUUUUAAACAAUGGUGACCACUUCGUCCAGCGUCUCUAGACCUAUAACCGUGGACGACCUCUGACAUUUUUGUUUCAUCGUCUUUUUGCUUUCUAGAGCCAUUAAUUUUAUUUUAUUUUUUAAAUAAGAAUCAAGAAUCCUGUGAAUAGAAACCUUGCUUUACUGUUUGCAUGCACUUUAAAUUUGUUUUCAGGUCCAAGAGAAGCAUGAUUUCUGUCCCAAAUGCUUUUAAUUAUAUUUGUAAAUAAAAUGCUCAACACA